AGGACCCCAGUAGUAGCAGUAUUCAUGAAUGAUUUUUGUUGACAAGGAGGCCCUGGUUGGUUUCCGGUGGUGUGCCAGUGUUGUAGCUAUCCCUACAACUGGAGUUGUUUAACGGUGUUUUCGAAGCAAAAUUACGUCGAUGGGUUUAGGGUUUCUGGGUUACGGUUUUUUAGCUCUCAUAUUAUCUGUAGAUAGAUAUGGACACACGAUACAGAUGACGCGCCCAGAAAGUAGCCUCUUAAUACCGUCACACUUGUAUAAAUGUGAAUAUUUUUACGCCGAUCAGCAAAAGAAGCAUACGACCACGCGGACUGUGACACGCUAAUGCUACCAACACCAAACUUUAGUGGCGACAGGGACAGCACGAGCGCACGACAUUCACAUUCUUUCAUGUUGAACUAGCGUAAUUUCACUUUUUGUUGCCUCCUUGGUCCUCCUUGCCGCGUCUUCGAGAAGAACUGAAAUACGAGCAGUGCUACAGAGAAGGCUACAACUAAGUACCCUGGCCUAGGCUAGUGCUAGAGAGAGAGAGAAUUGCUCACACCAUAUCUGCUGGCAGCACAGCGAAAAUGGACGUGGAACUGGCGGACCAGGAGGUGCUGGUAGUGGGGGACGGCGACUUGUCGUUUUCCUGCUCCUUCGCGCUGCACAUCAACGACAUCAAGCAGCUGACCGCCACCGUGUACGAAAAGGAGGACGAGUUUCGGCGGCGAUACGGGGAGAUGAGCGAGACCGCGGGGCUGGUCAACCUGAAAACUCUGGAGAUGUACGGCUGCAACCUGCUAUUCGGCGUGGACGCGACCAACAUCUACGACAGCCUGGUCAAGUCCGGGGUGAUCCCGGCGGGGUCCUGGGAGUUCAAGAAGUACGACUGCGUGCUGUGGAACUUUCCGUACCCCAUCGAGUGGCGCGCGUGGAACGUGAAGGAAAAGUCCACCGCCCUGCUGCGGAACUUUUUCGCGUCCGCCCGCCACUUCGUGAAGGCAGAGGGGCACCUGCGGAUCGCCCUGCUGAUGAACCAGUACGAUAACUGGCGGAUCGAGGAGAGCUCCCUGGCCGCGGGGCUCCGGUUGGAGAGGAUGGAGAAGUUCGAGAAGGGGAAGUACAAGUACUACUGCAACCGGUACGGGGACGACCGGGAGCAGACCGUGCAAAAGUCCGCCGACUACAUCGACCGAGGCAACCCGCACUACUUCAUCUUUCGCCACGCGGCUUACGUGGCCCGUAAGGAGAAGGAGAAACUGAUGGAACGGGAGCUGCAAAAGCGCCAGCUGGAAUGGCACGUACACCAGAAGAAAAUGGCGUUCCUCAAAGAACAGCAGAUGCAGCGGACCACAUCGUCAAGGGCCUGGCCCGUCAAUGGUGGAACAACAACUACAGGCGGUGCCGCACCGAGCAGUACUUCUACUAGUACUACCCUGGAACUUAUCAACAACCUGACAUCAGCAACGGGCACAACGACCUCGAACCGCCAGGGAGGUGGGCGUGGGGGUGGUGUGACGCUUGCUAGCAUCAACUUCGGAGCUGCUCCAGUGGUCUCGGGGACUUCUACUUCCAGCGCUUCUGCGGCUAGGCAGGACGGGUUUUCCUUUGGAUCCCUCGUUGGAGGCAUCGGGAGAACGACUCCCCGCGGUGCAGCGACCAACUCAACAUUGAAUCCACUGCCUACGAAACAGAUCGUUACCACCUCGAACAGUAGUGUGGUGAAUCGCCCACCGGCUGCUGCGACAAACCAGCAGAGCCUCCUGGAAAAGGUGUAUCCACCGCAAGCAGCUGCUCUUGCAAGCACAACUGCAGCGGUCGCUGCCCGUGCGCAACCACAGGCUAGUACGAUGAAUUUUUCUCCGCCGACUUCUCCGGUCUUGCCCAUUCCUCCGCCAAACACGCACUCGGCUCCUGGUGCAGCUUCUAGUGCUGCAACUUCUACUGGUGGUGUCAACAAUCACAAUAAGUUGCUGCUGCAACAGCAGCUCCCGACCGAGCGAGAGCUGCUGUUGUUGCAGCAGCAGAAGAGGCAGCAAGUACAGACACAGCAGCAGGCUGCGGCCACCGCUGCCGCGGCUCCUGUUCUUGCACCAGGUGGGUCCGCCUCGGUGGAGCAAACCACUGCGCCCGUCGCUGCAGGGACAACUUCUACAGGCCCGGCGAACGGGAUGAGCCGCGUGAAAGCGCCCGGUGCCUCGUACCCGGGCCACCUGAUGCGGGACCAGGACGGCAACGUGACGCUGAUCUUGAACGGAACCCGGCCGUGGACGUUGAGGGGGUUCCGUACGCGCUGUCCCGACGUGAAAGCGAUGGAAUUGAAACAGCAUACUGACGGCUACUUCUACUACAGAGAUGGUAAGAAGUUCUUGUGCGCAUCCAUUUAUAAGAAAGAAGUAUCGUGGCUGCAAUUGUGCAUGGCUUCCUAUUGCUCCUUUUGCUCGUGAUUUAGAUGAUAUAGAUAUUGCUUGUAAGUGGAAUUUCAUUGCAUUUGCGCUUGCGGCUCCCUGGAGGUCGGAAACCUCUACCUGGUUUUGAACGUGUGACGUGACUGCGGUCUUGUUUCCACAAGCACUCCUUUUCUGUUGGAAUAAGUACGAACAUUGAUGAUUUUCUACGAAACUUCAGGCCACGUGGUGCACUUGACGGAGAAGGAGCGCGAGAUGAUUGUCCGUGCGAAGCAGCAGAUCGGAGAAGGGACGCCCGCGGCAAAAGCGCCCCCGGCGGCGCCACCCGCAUCGGUCCUUCUCGGCUCGUCUGCGAGUGCGAAUGACGGAAAUGCGGCUUCCACCGUUGUUGACCUAGCACCUGAUGGCAAUGGGAAUGCAGAAUCUGCUCCGGCGGGUGGCAGCGCCAGUCGCUUGUGGACCACUUUGUCGACUGCCGCUGCCGGCGAUAAUUCUACUUCGGGCGUGCGUGCGAAAAUCCGCAGUGCGGGAGCAAAUGUCGGCACUGUAGUGCCCACCCACGCCACCGCCGCGUCAUCUGAUCGCAAUGUUGUCCCCGCUGCGACCUCUGUUCCUAGUGGCGAUGUUGUUAUUUCCAGCUCCACGACUGCCUACCAGCUGCAGCUCUCGACCCCAAACCAGGCAACUGCGAAGGCCGCAGUCCCGGCAGCCCCCGUGGCUAGCGCGCUCGCCGGCGCGGGUGGUGCCUCUGAAACCACUGCCAGUGCGAUCCCCAAGAAGAGGACGCUUGCAGAAGUGAAUGCCUUGCAGCAAAAACAGAAAAUAUUGCUGGUAAAUAGGAAAAAAGGAGAAUACAAAGCAACAUCGGCCUCGGCAGGUUUAGGUGCCGCUUCGUCGAGCAGUGCCAAGGCAGCAUCUCUGCAGGCGGUUCGAAAGAGCAACGACAAGGUCGCGCCAGCUUCCGCGUCAACAACAUCACAGACUAAAGCAACAUUGAGGAUCCAACCCGAUGGGUCGCUCACGCGCGUAAUCGGCAAGUCCUCUAGUCCUGCGCCACCUGCAGGAGCUGUGGCACUUUUGUCUGAUGUUGCCAAUAAGGGCAAUACCACAACACGAACAUCAGUGCAAGAAACAAGAGUCCUGCCCCCGCCCUCCGUCGGUGCGGCAGUGCAAAGAGUCCUGCCGCCUCCCGCGGUCAGCAGCAGCACGGGCUUGCAAGACAAAACACGGGAAAGAAGCAGCAACACCCGGAAUGAUGGUACGAAUCUGCACACGACCAACACUGAAACCGAGAGUCCCCGCGCCGGUGCGCGAGGAGGCAGAGAUCAUGCUCCUACGCGACCACUUUCUACCCGCGCUGCUGCAGAUAGCAAGGCUUCCGCUAAAGUGACGCCCACAUCAUCGUCCUCCCUCGUCAACAAAGACGUGCCUCCGCAACAGCGGGGCGCUAGAGGUGCGGUUGUUGCUCCCGCUGCUGAUGUAGUGCCGGCAAAGGCGAAGGCCGUAGCGUCAAGCUUGUUGCCUACAGCAGUAGCGGGUAGCGACGAGGACGUGGGCGAGAAGGAGGCCAAGCGUCGGAAGUUGCUCAUCCAGCGCGCGCAAAGAAGGCACCCCGCGCGGAACGCAGUCCCAGCGCAGGCUGGUGGACAAACUGAUAGCACUUCCGAUCCAACACGUAGCGCAACCCUGCUACGGCAGAACGACGAUGAGAACAAAAGGCAUGUUGAACAGCAGAUCGUUGAUCGUCACGCUUCGAGAAAAAUCUACAGCGAACAGCCCACCUCCACGUCGCACGCGGCCGAGCAUCAGAGCAAUAACCCCUUCCACGGAGAGGAUGCUUGGGCGUCGACGGAUUUUCACCCUGGCGACUACAACGACACGACCGGCGAGGCGGAGGCGAAGACGGCUGCUUCAGGUAUCACGGAAGUGUGAUGAUUGUGCUUGAUUCAUGUUCUUGACAAAGACAUCAACAAAGGCUCAACAAGAUAGCAGGUCGGAGGUACCUGCUCGUCCAAGCGCGCGGCGCGUUCAGAUGAUGGCCACUCGCAUAUUACUAUAUGUAUCCAUCCGCUGUGCUUCUGGAUCUGGCUCUGUGGUGCUGAAGAAAAUGUUUGAUGUAUCCUAUCCCCGCCUUAAGACCAGAGAGAUGAUCAUCAGAGCACACGCGCACAAAUGACUGCUCAAAUUCUCCAGGUACAACAGCCGCAGCAGUACUAACAGACGAGGCAGCGGCGCGAGCAGAACGCACCUCAAAACUGAUUGCGCUCGCUAAAAAAGUACAGAACGGCGGGAACAGAACUCAGAAGUGA